AAGUAGCUAGUCAGACGAUUCGCAGUAGUAGGGCUUCCCCUCAGCAGCAGUCAGUACGCUCCAUUGAUCCAGAGCUACACCCCUUUUGGUCUGCUAUUCGGUUACGUACAUAUAUGGGACCAGGUAGCCAGUCAGACGAUUCGCAGCAGUAGGGCCUCCCCUCAGCAGCAGUUAGUACGCUCAAUUGAUCCGGAGCUACACCCCUUUUGGUCUGCUAUUCGGUUACGUACAUAUAUGGGUACGGCAGGGCCUUGUCCUGUCAUUUCUACAGUUUGUACUCCAUAGAGGUCGGGAGACAGUGAUAUGUAGUCGUGAUAUUAUGCAGUCUCGUCGGCGUUUAUUUUGUUGUACAGUAUAUAGUUAUGGCGGCCAAAUCGGCUCACGCUGUUAUUCUCAGUGUUUAUGUUUAUAGGUAUACGUUGGCCGUGAGUUCCAGGUACGGUGUCUCUUAUGACGAUUGUUCGGGAGACAGUGUAGCACAGUUACAGAUUUUAUAUGGGCCCAUGAUAGUCAGUGAGAAGUAAGCGCAAGCACAGGAGUGCUUGGCUACUGGCUGACCAAGCAUCAGAUUUAUCUUACCAAACUCAUUUCCCAGCCUUACCUCCAACGAAAAUACCCGCUUCUUCUUCUUCCUCACCUUUUCUCCCCACAAACCCUACUUCUACUUUUGCUCAAACUUUUCUGCAUGCUACUGAUUCAACGUCAAAUAUGCAAUGUGAUCCUAUUCCCCAAAAGCAAGUAAUGUAUGUUGAUGGUAUCCCGUACGUGAAAUGGGUGUCGAAAGAAGUUACACGAAUGGAAUUGAUAGAAAACUGGCAAUAUGCCAUUGUAGGCAAGUUUUCAUAUGGUUGGCCUGAGUUAGAAGAAUUCAGAACCAUUGUUCCUACGCAAUGUGGUGUGAAGGGUAAGUGUACAGUAGGGUUUUUUAGAAAUCGACAUGUUUUGAUUCGAUGUACGUUAAUGGAGGAUUUCAUUACUAUUUUCUGUAAGAGUGCAUAUUGGUUGAAGUCGAAGGAUGGAUAUACUUAUCAGAUAAGGCCACUCAUUUAUGAUUCUAACUUUAAAAUUGACAAAGAAACAUCCAUAGCCAUGGCUUGGAUCUCUUUUCAAAAUCUGUUGCCUAUUUGUUUUGUCAAGGAAUCUCCAUUCACUUUGGCAUCUGCAGUUGGAAAGCCUUUACAGUUGGAUUUGGCUACUGUUAAUAAAACAAGGCCAAAUUGUGCGAGAGUUAAAGUUCAGGUGUAUUUAUUAGCUGAUAUGCCAAAGUUUGUGAUGAUGGAGAUUGAAGAUGAAGUUACAAAAGCAGUAAGAAAAGUAAAAGUGCAGAUCCAAUAUGAUUACAUGCCUAAGUAUUGCACUGAGUGCAUGUUACAAAGGCAUUCAAAUAAUGAAUGCAGAAUUUUGCAUCUAGAAUUGGACAAGGAGCCUGAAUUAGAUUCAACUAUGGAGAGAUCAGUGGAGAAACAAGAAGAACAGAAGCAGCAGGUUGAAUAAACACAUGAAAAGAUGGCACAUGGGAAUAAUAGAAGACAUAGAGGGAGAAUGGUGCAAAAGUUUAUUCCAAGAGUGCUAUCUAGUAGAACUGUGGUCACUUAUCCAGGGGAAACUGUCAAGAAAGAUGCUAAAAAGAAAAAUGGAUUGGACAGAUACAAGGGAAUUUCAAAUGCUGAAAAACAGAUUAAGGUUAAUUCAAUGGAGAUUCUCAUCAAAAAGACAAAUGAAGGUGUUUCUAACCAAAACAAGUUUGAUGUACUAUCAAAUUUGAUUGAGGAAGGAAAGAUUUGUUAGGAUAAUUCUAAGGCUCCUGAAAAUUCUCUACUGACUACAAAGGAAUGGGUGAUGGGCAAUUUUAAUGCAGUUCAUAAGUCUAAUACAGGGCAAGAAUCAAGGGGAAUGGAGAUCAUGUCCAACAAUGAGGAGAAUAUUGGCAAUUUUUUAGAAGAGAAGGAAGUAGAUUUGUUCAAGGAAGAGGAAGAUAAGAUUAGAUCUGAUAAGCUCAACAAUGUGGAAGCUAUUGUGAAUGCAUUACAUGAUUCAGAGGUAGUGUUAAACAAUGUUGGCAAUAUCAACAAUGUGGAUGGGGAAGACAAGUAAUUAGAUGAGAAGGAGAAAGCUUUGAUCAAUACAGAUGAAGGAAAAGAAUGUGAUGCAGUUGUUGAUCUGGUUGUUACAUCAGAAAUCACUAUGGUGGAAGGGAAAACUGCAAAUGAGACUGGUAAUGUUGAACCUUCAACAAGUAGCACUGUGGAAGAAAGGGUGGAGAGGAUAAGCAGUGUGGAUAUUGCAGAUAAGAUUUCUCAAGACAAGGAAGUGGAUCUGAAUGUUGGGGAGGAACAGUGUCAGGCAGCUGAACUUGCUAUUAUUGAUCCUUCAAAGGUCAAUAUAGUGCUUGAUGAAGUUGGCUUAGAUAAUGCUUUACUUUCAGGAUCAGUUGAGGAUUCUGGUAAUUCUGCUGAGAUUACUAAGUCAGAUGCUAAUGUUGAUAAAAAUGAGAUAAGUGAAUCAGGUGGUAAUGAUCAAGGUGUUGAAGAUAAUACAAGGGAGAUUCAAAAGGACAACAAUAAUAUAACCUCUCAGAUAGUUGAUACUGAAGCAAAAGAGAAAAAUGUAGAUGAGCAUAUUAAAGGGGAUAACACAUAUAUCAUUCAUAAGAUUGCCUUUGGGGAAGAUGUGUUUGUUGAUGGAGUAGAUGCCCAAGGCAUAGAGAAUGAAGUAAUUGAUAAUGCAGUGCUUAUUGGAAAUUCAGGAGAAAAUUUGGAGUCUGAAAACUUAUUGCAUGUGGAUACUACAGCAGUAGAGGAUACACAACUUCCAGUUGGUUGUUAUCCACCUUGUAAAAGAGGAGAGAUUCUAGGCAUGGAAGUUGAUGUUUCACAGGAUCUCUUGUUGGUGAAGGAAAUCCUUCAUGUUGGUUUAAUACAAAAGAAACCUUCACCACACAAGGAAUUGCAUUUUCUGGUUUCUCAUGAUCUAAACAGGUUGGACAGUCCCUCUAAUCAAAAUGUUUUGAGCAAAGAAAUUGUCACAGUUUCAGAAGUGAAUAAAAUGGAAGAGGCAGAUAUUGGGCAACAUGUAGUAGAUGUCUCAAAACAGGCUGAUAUAACUCCAAUGGAUAAGAGCAGGAAUACAAGGAAAGGUAGGAAAGCUAAGAAUGGUGGAAAGGCUCAAACUAUCAGAAUCAUGUCAAAAAAAAGUACAACAGCAUAAAAAAACUUGGAGGAAAUCCCACCUUCAAGGAUAUUACCAAAGAGGAAUGUUGCAGCUAAAUCAAAUUGUUGAUGAUGAAGAUGCUUAUUUGGAAUAUCAGAUUUGUUAACACAUAAAAGGCUUUUCAUAGAGUUCAAAUGUUGAACAAACAUCAUAAGUUUGUUCUAAUUGCUCUAAUGGAACCGUUUCAAAAUUCUAGAAAUAUUCAGAGAUAUAGAAGGAGAUUGGGAAUGAAUUUUGGUGGUUACAACUGUAAUGGCAAGAUUUGGUACUUUGUAGAAGAUGAGUAGAUGUGGAAGUUUUGAUGGGCACAGAUCAACAGAUGACCGUUAAGCUUUUAUUUCAAGAUAGUGGCAAAGUUAUUAUCACAACCUUGGUGUAUGCAAAAUGUGAUGCUGCUGAAAGACUUUUUCUUUGGGAUAACAUUUACAGUUUGUCCAGUAAUAUGAACUUUCCAUGGUUGAUUGGUGGAGACUUAUGUCAUUAUGAAUGAGGAGGAGAAAAUUGGAGGUUUGCCAGUAUAUCCAAAUGAAUAUGAAGACUUUGAUUUUUGCAUGAAUUCCUAUGAAUUGAGUGAAAUGGAAUUUAGAGGUAGUCCUUUUACUUGGUGGAAUGGCAGAGCUGGUCAAGAUUGCAUCUUCAAGAGACUAGAUAGAAUUCUAGUCAAUCAACAACUUCAGGAUUGGUUUAGACCUUUGAGCAUGGAGCAUUUGUCUAGAACUGGAUCAGAUCAUGCACCUUUAUUGUUAUCAGCGGGUGAACAGGUUCAACCAUUUCAUAAGCAUUUCAGAUUUUUAAAGUUCUGGUUGGAACAUGACUCAUUUAUACAAGUAGUGGAAGAUUUCUGGAAAAACAGAUCACUUGGGUGAUCCUUUUGUCACUUUUAAGUUUAAAAUGAAGAAACUUAGAUCAGCUUUAUCUAAUUGGAGCAAGGAAACAUUUGGAGAUUUAUCCAAACAGUUAAUAAUAAGGGAAGAUAUUGCUAAGAUAAAGGAGAAACUAUUUGAGGAAUUCCCUUCAGAAGAGAACAGAAUGGUGCUUCAAAAGGCUCAGGCUGAGUUCAAGAAAUAUUUGCAUUUUGAGGAGGAGUUUUGGAGACAAAAAGCUGGCAUUCAGUGGCAAUCAGAAGGUGAUGGAAACACCAGAUACUUUCAUAUUUUGGUGAAGGGGAGAAGAAAAAGAUUGCAUCUGUCAAGAAUUCAAAUUGUAAAAGGAGAAUGGAAAGAAGAUGAUGAUCAAAUUGCAUGAGCAGCUAUUGGCUUUUACCAAAGUCAAUUCACUGAAGAAGAGACUUCUCAAGAUUGUAGAUUGUUAGAUGUGAUUGCUCCUAAAGUAACUCAGGAGCAGAAUUAUUUUCUAAGUGCUAUGCAAACGUUGGAUGAAGUGAAAAAUGUUGUUUUUGCAUUAUCAGGUGACAGUGCUUGUGGACCUGAUGGUUUUUCAGGCAUCUUUUAUCAGAAGUGUUGGAAUAUUAUAGGAGCACAUGUGUAUAAUGUAGUGAAAGUUCCUAAAUCUGUCACUCACACAAACUUGGUUUUACUACCAAAGAAAUCUUUCAUCAACACUUUUUCUGAUUUAAGACCAAUCAGUCUCAGUAAUUUCAUCAACAAGGUGAUUUAUACAGUGAUCCAUGAUAAACUAGAAUCAGUCUUACCUUCCUUAAUCUCUGCUAAUCAAUCUGGAUUCUUAAAAGCGAGAAACAUCAUUGAGAAUGUGUUACUUACUCAAGAGUUGGUGCUGAUAUUAGAAAGAGGGGGGAACCAGCUAAUGUGAUCAUCAAGUUGGACAUGGCAAAGGCAUAUGACAGCGUUUCUUGGAGAUUUCUUAUUCAGGUCAUGCAGAGAAUAGGAUUUGCAGAUAUGUAUGUGGAUAUGAUUUGGAGGUUGAUAGCAAAUAAUUGGUAUUCCAUACUAAUUAAUGGUCAAUCACAUGGAUUUUUUCAUUCUACAAGAGAAGAUAAGCAAGGUGAUCCCCUAUCUCCAGCUUUGUUCAUCUUGACAGCUGAAGUCCUAUCUACUUCUCUGAACUCAUUGUUUGAGAGUAGCAUGUUUAGAGGGUAUGGGAUGCCAAAGUGGAGUGCACAGUUGAAUCACCUGUCUUAUGUUGAUGAUACUAUAAUUUUUGCUUCUGCUGACAAAGAAUCUUUACAAAUGAUCAUGGGGGUUCUGCAUGAUUAUGAGAAGGGUUCAGGACAGAAAAUUAAUAUUGACAAGAGUGCUUAUUAUAUGCAUGAAAAAGUGGCCAAUGAGUUAAGUCAGGAUGUACAUCAGAUAUCUGGUUUUACUAGGGGUGAAUUUCCUUUUACCUAUUUGGGAUGUCCUAUCUUUCAUACAAGGAGACAAAAACUGUUUUAUAAAGAUAUGUUGAAGAAAGUUAGGGAUAAAUUAAAAGCUUUGGAAAGGAAAAUUACUAUCAUUUGGUGGAAAAUCAGUUUUGAUCACUAGUGUAUUACAAAGUAUUCCUAUAUACUUGUUAUCAGCAAUGGUCCCACUAAAAUGUGUCAUCAAAGAAUUGCACAAGUUGUUUAACAGAUUUUUUUGGCAAACAAAGAAGGAUGGCAGAAGUAAACACAGGUCAGAAUGGGAGAUGAUGUGCUUUCCAAAGCAAGAAGGUGGAGUUGGCUUCGAAUCUUUGUUUGACAUCUCCAAAGCUUUAUUUGCUAAACUCUGGUGGAGGUUUAGAACAAGUAACACUUUAUGGGCAAGUUUUAUGUGGAAUAAGUAUUGUAAGAGGUUUAGACCUACUGUAGUUCAGUGGAAAGGUGGAGGAUCACAAACUUGGAAAUUGACGUUACAAGCAAGGGACGAAAUGGAGCAUAAAAUAUGGUGGUAACCACUGAAUGGCUCUUCUUCUGUCUGAUUUGAUAAUUGGACUAAGCUAGGGGCUUUGAGUGAUUAUUACCAUCUUAAUAUCAAUUAGAUGAAUAUGUUGAUGAAGUUAAAGAAUUGAUGACUAAAGGACAAUGGAAUUAUAAUAAGCUACAAGAGUUAUUUCCAAAUGACAUUGUGGCGCACAUUAGACAGGAGUUAGGUCAUAUUGUUAGAUUAGAUGGUAAAGACAAAUCCUGGUGGAUGGAAACAAGUUCUGGGAAAUUUACUGUUAAAAGUGCAUGGGAGCUUCUCAGACAAAAAGCAAUAGUUUCCUCUCAUUAUGAGAAACUCUGGAUAAAAGGAGUGCCUUACAAGGUGUCAUUUUUCUUAUGAAGAAUCUGGUUUCAAAAAUUGCCAAUAGAUGAUGUGUUGAAGAGAACGAGAAUAUCAAUAGUGUCAAGAUGUUGCUAUUGUCAGGUUCAGGAAGAAACAAUGGAUCAUUUAUUCAUAUCAGGCCUAUUGGCUAGCAAGAUAUGGAAAUACUUUGCAGCUGCAGUAGGUAUUAUAACUCCAUUGGUACAGACAAAGCAGACUAUUAUGGUUUGGUGGAAUGCUAAUUGUUUGACAAGAUUGAAACCAUUAUACCAAGCAGCUCCAGCAUUGAUCAUGUGGCAAAUAUGGAAGAGCAAAAAUACAUUGAGGCAUGGUGGAUCUAUCUCACAUAGUGAGGUGAUUCAUGAAACAACAAGAAGUUUAUAUUCCUUAGCUUAGAUGAGAUAUCCAAGGAUACAAAACCUUCCAAAAAUCUAGCUAGGUAUGAUUCAGUUCAUGGAAAGUCAUAAGGUGCCAUUGGUGUGUAAGCAAGUCAGUUGGAAGAAGCCAAGCAUAUGGUACAAAUGCAAUACAAAUGGAGCAUCAAGGGGGAAUCCAGGACCUAGUUCAAUAACAUUUUGUAUUAGAAAUCAUGAAGGAGAUCUGAUAGAUGCUAAGCUAAGAUAUUAACAAACACUACAAAUCAGGUGGCAGAGGCAGUUGCCAUAGAGGAAGGUUUACAAUAUUGUAUUGAUCAGAAGCUCUUACCAGUAAUAUUGGAAACUGAUUCAUUAACCAUGACGAAAGUCUUGGAUGGGAUAUGAGAGGUUCCUUGGAAUAUAUCUUUGGUGGUUCAGAGGAUACAACACUUAAAGAAAGACCAAGCAGUUCAAGUAGAGCAUGUUUUGAGAGAAAGGAACUGCUUGGAUGAUUAUUUUGCUAACUUAGUUUUUGAUUUUGCAAGUACAGAAGUGAUUCAAUUCAGGCAUUUUCAGGAAGUUCCAAAUCAAGGUAGAAGAAUCAUUAAUCUGGACAAAGCACAAGUUCCAAACCUCAAAAUAAGAUCAGCUAUGAAAUAAUACAGUUUUCAGGGAAGGGAACAAACUGAUCAUAGAAUCAUCUUUAGUGUGUGGUAUUAAUCUCUUGAUUUAUUCUAUUAAAGAUGUUUUUAUGAUUUGUUUGGGGAUGCAAAGCAGGUUAUCUUGGUUUGGAUAUAUUAAUGCAUGCAGUAGCUACUGCAAACAAGUUUCCAGCUAAAUCUGAUGAAAGUAAAAAACUAGAUGCUUCUGAUAUUGACAUUCUCAGCAGAUUGAAUCAAUUACAUCCAUAUUUGUCGGAAGAGUUCUUCAAGAGAUUUGAUCCAUUCCACCUGUGAGACUUGUUGGUGUGAAAGAUGGAUAUAAAUCAAGACAUAUGGAGCUUUAUUAGUUGAUAGAUUUCUGUCUAUUUUUUGUCAAGUAUUGGUAGUUGUCUAGUUUACACCUCUUGUAUAGCUCCUUUAUUUUCUUUCUUUUUGUGCUGCAGUUCUUUUUGCAGAUUCUGUACAAAACUUAUUUGAUUAUGAAUAAAUCUCCACCUUUAUGGUGGCUUUUACACAAAAAAGAAAAAAAAGAAAAGAGAAUGUGUUUGUGACUGUUACGAGAGUGAGAUUCUAGUAACCAAGCAACUGUUAGAAGUUAUGUCCAAUAUCGGAUUGAGGCUGAGAGGCUUUGUACUUGUUGUGUGACUUCGGUGAGUUUUGUUAUUUAUCGGUGUUGUUAUCCGGUUGAGUUGAUGGUAUAGUUGCUUGAAUGGUUAGGUGUGUUUAGGUUCAACAAUGGAGACGUUCUAAUUUAGUUAAUCAGAGAUGACGCUUAAACCUAUUCGAGUUAUAUGGAUCAUUUUGGAAUUCAAAAUAAGGAGUGGAAUAAGGGAACCUUGGUAGAGGAAAGUGGGUCUUUGUAGACCAAGUAUGUGCUUUAUUGGAUUUAGAGUUUAGUCGGUUUAGACUCCGAUGCGUUGGAAGGUAACUCUAAUGUGUAAAGUUUGUGGUGUGAUUCUAUGUCCAAGGUUGGUUCGAUAGUGUGCAAGACUUAUAAUUUGCGGUAAUUGAUUUAGCGGCUCCGAGAAAUGGCUAGUGUUAGUCGAGGGUGGCAAGAAUUAGCUACACCCUUGGGAGUACAUGAAUCCGUUUGAACGGUGGUAUUAUCUAGUAUGGAAUAGACGAGCUUGUGAUUGCUGUGUAAUUUUGAGAAAGUAAGUUUACGGAAUGGGUAAAUGAUGAGAAGUUGUGACCAGUCGUUGAGUGAGAAGUGAGAUUUCAGAUAACCGACAUGUUGGGUUUAUCGGAAGUGGCUUGUGUGGUACCCCUUUGGAUAGUUUCGGAGUACUUUGCAGUGGAUGAGUUAGUGUGUGUUUAAGAGAAAGGAUUUGUAGAAAUUCUUAGUAUGUUAUGGCUAUCAGUGUUUCCGAGAUGGGAUCGUGCUGUGCUAAGUGUUCCAUGUUAUAAACAACAUUGACGGAAUGACUUCGGAUAUUAUGGGUCUGAACUGAUUAUGCUUGUUAGUGCAGGGGAUUAUGAGAUUUUGAUGCUUUCGGAAGUAUUAUGGGUUAUUGAGGUAUUACAAUGGAAAGUUUGAUAGUUAAAGGGUUGAUUUAUGAGUACAUGUCCUUAGUGUCGGAAAAUUCGGGUUGUACCAGGUAUGCAUAUUGGGUAAUGUUAAGGAAUUUAAGGUUGCAUCUGCAAUAUUUAGUUAUCCGGUACCUUGAGAACAAUUUGGAUAAGUUUCAGCUAUUAGAGCCGAGAGCGGUAACUUAUGGUUUGUUAUGCGCGAUAAGAAUGUGAUGGGUUUCGGAUCUUGGAAUCAGUUUUUGUGAUUACUGAUAUAUUCUGGAAUGGUGCAUUCAAUGUGGGACAUUACGGUUUGAAUGGAAAUGGUUAGAUCGAGUUUGUAACUCCAAGGGAACUUAUAGGUUCCAAGUAAAUCAGUUUAAUGGAUGCGAUAAGGAACGCCUGACUUUUGAGGUUUGUUGUUAGUAGUCCUUGUGGUAUCUCACCAGAGUCAGUCUUUCGGUUAGUACAAUGGGUUGUAAUGAUAAUGGUUGUACUUCGAAGAUAUUCUAGUAUUGUGAUAAGGCUCCAUUCUGAUCAUUGGAUGUUGGAAAAUCUUGCUCUACGCGGUACUCGAUGGUAUGUUCCUAGGCAAGUGAGUUGAAGAGUUAAGAAGACUUAAGAAUGACCAAGUUGGCUACGAGAAAGAUAAGUUUUGAUGAAAUAGCUUAGAGUUUUCUGGAGGAUUGAGGAUUCUGUUUUGGGAAGAGUAAGUCCUGGUUUCGGUUUGUAUUGUGUACUUCUAAGAAAUUAUGAUUCAAGGAACGACUUGAAAAAAAAAGGUGAAACGAAAGGAUUAGCUAGCUCGGAAUAUCUUACCAGUUUGGAAUGUUUUGUGUUUAGUUAUGUCUAAAUGGUCAUGCUAUUUGAUUUAUCUAUGCGAGAUCCGUUGUGUGUUUUAGAGGCAUGUAAUUGGGUCUUUUGACCGAGUGCGAACGAAUUGCGGUUUGGGUAUGCGUCUUGUUGAAAGAGCUUCGUGUUAGUUGUGAUAUGAUUUCCUUCGUUACCAUAAGCUUGUCUUGCUCUCGUUCUUCGCUCAAGGACUAGCGAUUGUUUAAUUGGUAUUUGAUAUAAUGACCCGUUUUAUUGUUACCGUAAUUAUUCCGUUUUUGCCCUCGUUGACCUAUUCGUGAGUCUCAUUAGAACAAUUUUGACCCGAGGAGAUAGUUGGCAUGACUUCCUAGGCAUCGUUGUGGGCUUUAGAAUGUUUUCUAGAAAAAUUGGGCUUUAAGAGAAAAUGAGUUGACUCAAAGUUGACUUUUGAGUAAACGGACCUUUUUCGAAAAUCCAUCGAUUCCGAGAGGUUCGGAUUGUCGUUUAGAACUUGUGUGCAUAUUCGUUUUGGUUCCUAAUGCACUCGGGUGCAUUUUGGGACCUGAGUUGGAAAGUUAGUUUUGAGGUAUCGGAGGUUGACUCAGUCAACGAGACUUCUGAUGGGAAUUUCGAGGCUACGAGGGCAUUCGUAGCGCGUUUUUAUGUAUAUAUGCAUAUUUGGUUUGUGUUCGGGAGGUUCCGAAAUGGUUCUGAAGGUCAAUUUCAAGUUUGGAAGACACUAGAAAAAUCUGGUGUCUGGUGCGCGCACGACGCGUGUGCAAAAGCGCGGCCGAACCACUGGAGCGCUGGCCGAGUCGCUGGAGCGGUCGCGCUGCAGCACUGGCCGAGCCGCUGGAGUGGUCGCGCUGCAGCGUUAGCCGAACCGCUGGAGCGGCUGACGGGCCAGAUUUUCUACUUAAAAACCUUCUAAAACCCUUAGACAUUUCCCAUAACUUCUAAAGUCGUGUAAGCACUCUUGGAGGCGACUUGAAGUUCUAGAGAGCCAUUUUUUUCCUAGGGUAAGUGUCCUACCGUUAUAUCUUUCCAUUAUGAUCUUCUAAACAUGAUUUCAACCUUGUAAUGACUAGAAUCAAAGAGGGUUUUUAUGGGUUUUCUUCCUAAUGGGUUCUUGGAUAUGAAAUCUUGUAUUAUUGGUUGGGUUAGCUUCAUUAAGCAUGAAUUUGAUGAUUAUAAACUAUAUAAACAUGUUUCUUCCAUUAUUAGAGGUAAAAUUGUGGGAUUAAAGUUCGGGUUCUUAGACCCCACAUUUGGGGGUUUUAAUAAUAAUGAUGAUUUUGAGAAUUAAUUGAGUAUUCCUAUGAUUAAAGUAAUGGGUUUUGACCUUUUGGUAUUGAAUUUGGUUUUUUGGUCAUAAAAUUCCCGUUUUACCCUUGAGACUGUUUUUCCUAAAUUAAGGGUUGGAAUAUGACCCGAAUAGAAAGUAGCCAAUAAGGGUAUCAUUAUUCAUGGUUUCUCACAUAGAAUUCAUAUG